AGUUUUGAGCUGCCAUGUGAAUGCUGAGAAUUGAACCUGGAUCCUUUGGAAGAACAGCCAGUGCUCCUAACCACUGAGCUUUCUCUCCAGCCCCAUUGGUCAGUAUUUUAAACUCUGGAGUUCUCACACAAAACCCUAGACUUCUGGUUACUCUAAAAUGGAAAGGUAGCUAUUUGUUGGGAGGUGGAGGCAGGAUAGCAAGUUCCAGGCCAGCCUAGGCCAGUGAGACCCCGUCUCAGAAAUGGACCCAAACAAAACAUCUGGCCUGCUUAGGUAUCUGUGGCUACAGCUGCCAGCUGGGUCAGUUGAGGGUCUGCCUUCAGCCCCCUUCUCCAUGCUAGCAGUAGACCCUGAUAGAAAGGGUGGCAUGGAGGGACAUUCUCCUUAAAAGAGACAGUAUGGCCAUGUGGUCAAGUAAGAGCUUUGUGGUCAGACCUCAACUAGACAUGUACCAAGCCACAGAACCCUGUUCUUAGACUGCCACUGGGAGUCUGCCUGAAAUUCCAUAGACUGAAACAUAGGGCUCCAUGGAGCUCAGAGAAAGAGGCCUCUCCGAGAUUCAGUUCAGAAGGGCCUGCGAAGACAGAGGCAGCUCCUCAGAGUGUUGGAGUUCAGUUCGAAGGUCCUUACUGGAAGGCUGACUCUGGGCACCGGCACUCUGCAGCCUGGACACUAUCCCUGCCCCUGAGGACAUCCUGCUAGGCAGGCAUUAGUGGGAGCAGAGAUUGUACUGGGGAAGGAGUGAUGAGCAGCUGAGGGAAAGCCCGGAAGGCCCUGUCUGUUCAGAAAGCAGAGAUUCCCAUGCACAAUUUCCCAGGAGGGCCUUUGUGCUCAAGGGCAGCUAAAGAGUAACAGUGCUCAAGGAUUGGGAGGACUGUGCUGGAGGAGGGAGCCCAAGCUGGGAGCAGACUGCAGCCACUGAGUGGGCAAGCCGCAUGCAGCAGAGGUCCUGGACCUUGGUCUUGAUUUUUGUGGUAAAAGGAUGAAGUGAAGGAGGAAGAAAGCAAGAGAGUGUUAGCUUGGAGUGAGAAGGUGGGAAAGCCUCCCUGUGUGGUGCUAGCUCAUCACCUCCUUUGGGACACCUGAGACCAUCCGAGAACACAGCUGCCGCUGUAGCUGGAGCCCCACCCUCACAGAAUCUGCACGGUUCCUCACCUCUCAGGACUGAGAUCUUCCCAUUCCUCCUGUCCUUGAUGAGGUGCUGGGGACACAGUGAGAAGCAGAGCUGGGCUCCGGAGGCCAGGUGUGACUACCAGCAGCAUGGCAACCAGCGCUGUUCCCAGUGACAACCUCCCCACGUAUAAACUAGUAGUGGUGGGAGAUGGAGGUGUGGGCAAGAGCGCCCUCACCAUCCAGUUUUUCCAGAAGAUCUUUGUGCCUGACUAUGACCCCACCAUUGAAGACUCGUACCUGAAGCAUACGGAGAUUGACAAUCAGUGGGCCAUUUUGGAUGUUCUAGACACAGCCGGGCAGGAGGAGUUCAGUGCCAUGCGGGAACAGUACAUGCGCACUGGAGACGGCUUCCUCAUCGUGUACUCCGUCACUGACAAGGCCAGCUUCGAGCACGUGGACCGCUUCCACCAGCUCAUUCUGCGUGUCAAGGACAGGGAGUCAUUCCCAAUGAUCCUCGUGGCCAACAAGGUGGAUUUGAUGCACCUGAGGAAAAUUACCAGGGAGCAAGGAAAAGAAAUGGCGACCAAACACAAUAUCCCGUAUAUAGAAACCAGUGCCAAGGACCCGCCUCUCAAUGUGGACAAAGCCUUCCAUGACCUCGUUAGAGUAAUUAGGCAACAGAUUCCAGAGAAAAGCCAGAAGAAGAAAAAGAAAACAAAGUGGCGAGGAGACCGGGCCACUAGCACUCACAAACUUCAGUGUGUGAUCUUGUGAUAGCCUGAAACCCUGGGCAUAGCGACCAUCAACUGCCAGCCCCCGGGACCAGCCCACUGCCUAACUGCACUGAGAAUCACUUCUAACCACAACCCUUGGCUCUGGACUGGGCACAGGAAGGGAGGGGGGAGGAUGGGCAGGAGCAGACAGGGUCUGGCUUUGCCGCCUCUCCCAGGAGAGCCACAGUUUCCAAGCCCUUCGUGUGUUGAUUGAGCCCUGUUCCCAGUCUCUUGGUGGGUGUGUUGUUUCUUUUAAGUACAUAGGGCUGGUUUGCUGUGGAAGUGUUAUCCACAUCCAAUAUACCAGACAAGCCAUGAACAAGUUUCCUCCCCGCCCUCAUCCCCAGUGUCUGAGCUCUGGUGUCUUUUGUAGAUUUUUAAAUUAUUUGAGUAAUGAUUGUUUUAUUAAAGAGGUCUGUUCCCACUGCCCGGUGAAGCCCGAGGCUUUGGCAGACCUCUCCGCUAGUGUCUGGAACAAUGCUCUUGUCUUUUUAACCGAGAGUUCCUAGCAGUGCCAAACUCCAGCCAGGAUGAAGGACUGAGAUGGCAGAGUUAGUGGAGACCUUGGCAGAAGUCUGGGAUGGAGUCAAACCCAGGAAGCAAACAGGCCCCAGAGACUGGAGAGAGGGAGAUGGAUUUAUCUGGAGGACUUCGGUGUGGUUGAAAAUGUAGAGAUUAGAAAAGAAAAUGCCCUCGCUGCUACCCGCCCCCACCCCUACCACCAUUGAAGUGAGAGCUAGCUGGGACCAUUUCACCGCCAGAAGGAUUUCCUUAUCCUGAAAGUGGGUGAGGCAAGCGACUGGCUUUCCCAAACUGCUCCUUUGCUUUUCAGGCAGUGGGUAAAUUCUGCAUUCAGAUGUGGACAGGGCCCUGGGCUUCUCAGAUGUGUCCCUCCCUGCUUGCUCACAUCCUGUGUGUUGCCGUGCCUCUGACACAAACAUAGAAACAUGUCCAAGGAGGUGAAUGUGACACCAUCCAGAAAGCUGUUGUCUAUGAUGGCCCUGACUUGAAAGCAGCCAAUACUGUUACCACCGAAGCACCAGGACCUGAAGCCAUUUGCAUCUGAGUCGGCUGGCCAGCUAAUGAGCACACUCUGGCAUCAGCGGUACAGUUUUCUUUUGGUGCACACUUUCCUUGCCCUCUCUGUCUUAGGUGGAAGGAGAAAAGAGAGUUGAGCUGAAGACACAGUCCACACACUCAUUUCGUCAGGGACACCCUUCUCCUGCCACGAUGCACCCCUCCUUGUGGUUCUGCUGCUGGGGUAAAGAUUGGGGUUUUGUAGGUGGAAUCUGGGUGCGGGGACAGCAGAGACAAGGUACACCCCAUGGGAGAGUCAGAAGAGGCAGCGCAGCUAGUGAGAGCAUUUGCCAGCUCACCGUGCAAAACAGAGUUCCCCACCAGGUGGCUGGGCCACUCUGGAGAAAGAAACUGGUGGAAAGAAAUCCAAGGCAAGGGAGCACCAAGUGGAUGUCCAGCCUCACGAUUCUUUUCCAUCCCAGAAAGUCCUAUCACAGGAAGCCUGUCCAAGGGACAGCUCUGCUACAGAAGGAAGUGAUUGCUAGCUGAAGAUCAAACUUCUUAUCAUCAAAUGCAACGCCUUCCCACUCCACUUUUUUCUGUUCCUAGCAAGGCUACCAAAGAACAUUCCAGAUGAGGUAUCUCACCAUUUCCCAGAUCCUGUAGUACUUAUGAGUUUUUCAACACUAAAAGGACCAGGAUUGCUUCAGCCUUAGGAGCUGAUCUGCACCCACAGCAGCUGCCACCUAGAGAGAGGGGGACAAAUAGGAGUGAGGUCCUGGUGCUCCACACAGACUGCAGAGACAGAAGGCCCUGCACUCGGGGCAGCAGCCACUGCCAGAGAGGCCCCAUCUCCUGCCACCUGCCACCUGCCACCAGCACACCCCUGCCUCUGUGGAGUGACACCUCCACUGUGCUGAGUGGGGACUCUCACUGGAAGUAGAGCAGUUACCUAGACCAAAGCCCCGAGUCACACAGGUAACUAGAAGGAAGGCUCCCAGAAUUCCUGCUCCUCUCAGAAGAGGCCCAUCAUCCAGGCCCGUCAUCCAGGGCAUCCCUUCUAGCAUCUGGCCUUCCACAGUCUCUGAUUCAGGGCUCCUGAUAAGCUCUCAUCUCCCAGAACCCCAUUUCUCCAAUAAGUGAACUGGGUAUGUGACACUCCAGAGUUAGAAAUGGGCCUUUGACAGAGUUUCCAGAGAGGCCAAAUAAAAUACACUCAGAACACCUCCAUCACCAGCCGACAGGGAAAGCCAGGAAUCCUAGCUGGCCACACACCGGGUGACUGGGGACCCUUUGGGUCUAUAGCCAAGUUGUCAUAAUGAGGUUUCCUCUCUGGUUUUGCAGAAACGCGCGUUCCCAUCAUGUCCCCCGAUGUACACCCUCCCUGGCAUCCCCUCACCUCUACCCCUCUAUUGUGAACCCCUCACCCCAUCCCUCUGUUAACCCUGCUUUUCUCCCACUACUCUGACACCUCCUUUUAGGCUCCUUUUCUCUCCUUAGCCAGCCCCUCUCCCCCAGAAUGGGGCUAUGCCAUGGCUACUUCCUUCCCAAGCACUUUGCCACACAGGAGACAUCUGGAUGUUUCUCUUAGGAGUGUCCCACCUCUCCACGGCUCUUGCUGUGAGAGUACCUGACUGAAUUAGUGUAGCUUGUCUUGCCUGCCAGGAGAUGUGACCCACCAACCCUGGCAGCUCUAACCCCAACGCCCCUCAGACCUGCUACACUAAGUCCAGGGCCACAGAGGGGUCCCUUCCUUUAGCAGCCCACCUGGGUGGAGACUCCACAUUGGCUGGGGUUUCCCUAGAAUGCCAGAUACUUGAAACACUGAGCCCUUUGAGUGACAGUAUUAGCCGGUGGCCAUUGUCAAGAAACGAGAGUGAUGCCUAGACGUCUUGAUGAUGCUUGAGCCUUUUAUGUAACUUUUUAUCGAGUCUUUGUGUAUCUCUACUUAUUAAUAAAGAAACAAAGAGAA